AUGCAGAAAUUCGACAAACUAGCUGUGUUUUUGGUUAUUUCUGUAUUUGUAGUUUAUAAUCCAGCAGACGCGUGGUACAAACAAGCAGCAGGUCCAAGUUACUACUCUGUUGGUCGAGCAUCGGGCUUGCUAUCAGGAAUCCGGAGAUCACCAUACAUAAGAAGAGCCGAGACCGAGUCGCUGCAGAACAGUGAAGAGUCCUCGGAAAAUUAUGUGCUUCCCGAGGCAAGCAAUGGACGCAAAUCUGUCCUAAAAAAUAUCCCAAUUUGUGUGAAAGACGUAUCACCGAAUUUGCAAAGCUGCAGACUUGUCCAAGAUAGCCCAACGACUUUUCAUUGCGAAGCAAACGUGGUCGUCUCUCUCGACUCACAAGACUGUCUCAUCGCUUGA